CCGGCGAGUGAACUUUGGAUUGCUUUGUAACUAGGUGUCAAGCGGACUUACUUAAAUUCUUACCUUAUGUACAUUACUUACAUUUUACAAGAGUUAACUUAAAGUGGAAUUAAUUAUAUAGUCUGCAUUUCACGUAAUAUAGUUUUUUAAAUAAUCAUGCAGUUCGGUAUUAUCGCAAGAAAGUUUUCCAGUUCGGCAACUGUACAAAGUGCAAUUAAAAAUGUUACCAUCAUAGGCGGUGGAUUGAUGGGCUCUGGAAUUGCACAGGUAGCAGCGCAAGCAGGACAAAAUGUGAUUCUUGUAGAUGUUAACUCAGAUGUCUUAGCAAAAUCUCAAAAGUCUAUUGGUGCAAACUUGGGUCGUGUUGCUAAAAAAAUAUACAAAGAUAAGCCACAGGACGGAGAGAAGUUUGUUGCAGAGUCAAUGGCCAGAAUAAAAACUGCAACUGACCCAGCAGAGGCAUCUAAAUCAGCAGAUCUUGUAGUUGAAGCAAUUGUUGAAAACAUAGACAUCAAACAUAAACUAUUCAAACAGCUUGAUGAGGCAGCUCCUCAGCAUGCUAUCCUUGCAUCAAACACAUCAUCUCUCUCUAUCAAUGAAAUUAGUUCUGUUGUGAAGAGGAAGGAUAAAUUUGGAGGACUUCACUUCUUCAACCCUGUUCCUGUGAUGCGACUCCUUGAAGUAGUUAAAGGUGCUGAAACAUCAGAAGAAACAUACAAAUCCAUGAUGGAGUGGGGCAAGUCAGUAGGCAAGACUUGUAUCACCUGUAAAGAUACUCCUGGGUUUGUUGUUAACAGACUCUUGGUUCCAUACAUAUGUGAAGCAAUCAGGCUUUAUGAAAGAGGUGAUGCUUCUGCUCGUGACAUUGACAUUGCUAUGAAGCUGGGAGCAGGCUACCCCAUGGGUCCACUAGAGUUAGCUGACUAUGUUGGUCUAGACACCAAUAAAUUUAUUUUAGAUGGAUGGCACAAAAAGUUCCCUGACCAACAACUGUUCAAACCUAUCCCUCUCUUAAAUAAAUUAGUUGCUGAAGGGAAAUUGGGAGUAAAAACUGGAGAAGGCUUUUACAAGUAUGAAAAAAAAUAAAUAUUUAACAAUUAAAAUUAUGCUGCAUAAUAUUCAUCAAAAGGUUUUGUUACCAACAUUUAUGUAUUAAUAAAAAUAUUUUUCUCG